GCAAAGUCCCUGCCUCGUCGCCGUCUGCUGAGUCAUGGUGAGCGCUCCCCGCAGCCCUGGAUCACUUGCAUAGCGAGGCUGGCGCGCGGUGCGCAGCCAUUGGGCUGGGCGCGGGGCCGCGUGCGCCGGGCAUGACGCGCUGAGCCGCGCUCGCCCGUGCCCGCCGCUCCGGCUUGCGCCCCGCGCGGGUGCUUGCUCCGCCGCACUCCAGCCCCGCCGCCCCGCUGCCUCCGCCUCGCCCGCACCAUGAUCGCCGCGGCGUUCCUGGUCUUACUGAGACCCUACAGCAUCCAGUGUGCCCUCUUCCUCUUGUUGCUUCUGCUGGGCACCAUCGCCACCAUCGUCUUUUUCUGCUGCUGGCAUCGCAAGCUCCAGAAAGGGAGGCAUCCGAUGAAAUCGGUCUUUUCGGGUCGUUCAAGGAGCCGAGAUGCUGUUAUGAGAUCUCACCACUUUCGUUCUGAGGUAAUUUAUUUAGCGCGCACGCUCAAGGGAUUCAGAGCAAGCCCUCGGCAUAUUAGAAGACGAGCUGCAGCGGCUGCAGCUGCCCGCCUGGAGGAAGCCAAGCCUGUGGUGGAAGUUCACCAUCAGAGCGAGCAAGAAAGUUCAGCGAGGAAACGAAGAAUCAAGAAGAAUAGCCGAGUGCAGCCAGAAUUUUAUCACUCCAUUCAAAGUGCUGCAACCAGAAGGCCUAGUUCUGGGAACGCGUCCUAUCGCUGCUCUAUGUCUUCCUCUGCGGAUUUUUCCGAUGAGGAUGAUUUCAGCCAAAAAUCUGGCUCAGCAUCUCCAGCUCCUGGGGACACCUUACCCUGGAAUUUGCCUAAACAUGAGAGAUCGAAAAGAAAGAUUCACGGGGGCUCAGUGCUGGACCCUGCUGAGAGGGCAGUGCUUAGGAUAGCAGAUGAACGGGACAAAGUUCAAAAGAAAACGUUUACAAAAUGGAUAAAUCAGCAUCUCAUGAAGGUUCGAAAACAUGUGAAUGAUCUCUAUGAAGACUUAAGGGAUGGACACAACUUGAUCUCUCUUUUAGAGGUUCUUUCGGGAGACACCUUGCCCAGAGAGAAAGGUCGGAUGCGUUUUCACAGACUACAGAAUGUACAAAUUGCACUUGACUAUUUGAAAAGACGCCAGGUGAAAUUAGUGAAUAUUAGAAAUGAUGACAUAACAGAUGGAAACCCCAAACUGACUUUGGGAUUAAUAUGGACAAUAAUUUUGCACUUUCAGGUAAGCCCAGUUUUUCUUAAUUGUCAUUUCUUUUAUCCUCUCCUUGUGUUUUCAAGUGGUUCAUAUGAAGGAGCUGAGAAAGAAGAACAAUACUUAGAUCCUGCCAAAUCUCCUUUGAGCCCUGAAAAAUAUUCUCCUGGAAGAAGAUAUUUCAGAAGAAAACCCAUCAAGAAAAUUGUAGGUGACACCAAGCCAGCAGAGCCCAACAAUGAAAAUGAAGGGACGGAGAGGAGCAGCAUUCAGCUCUCAGAAGAACAGCCCGCUCUUUUAUCCAGGGGCCUGGUACGGGAAGAAUCUGUUUCCCCAGUCCUCAGGCUGGGAGAUGGCAUGCAGCAGGGAGAGACAGAAGUUGUAGUUGACCGUGUUAAACAGAAACUUCUGCCGAGCGCUGCAAGCGCUUCGUUUUCCCAUGUGAACGUUUCUCCUGCUAAAGACAGCGAACCACAAGUUAAAGUUAGUGAACUGGAUGAAACGAUUACAGAAAAAGACAGCUCUGCGUGUUGUGCAGAGAGGAAGAAACAUUCAGAUGAUGUCAGCACAAGAGAAAUAACAUUCCAGAGAAAAACAGAGGUUUUUUCUUUCCGAAAGGCAGCCAGCUUACGUUCCCUUCACUGGGGUACAGAGAGAUCACUUGAAAAAAGUGGGUUUUCUGAAGACCCGUUAGAAAAGCAUGGCACUGGUCAAGAAAAGCAAAGCAUUGAGAGAUUUUGCCCUCAUGCAAUACAUUCUUUUUGUUCUGAAAAAAAGAGAUGUCAUUCCCUCUGUACUAAUGUGUCCUCUACUUCCAAGGAUACAGAUGGAAAUGAGUUCAUGCGUCUUGACUUUUCCUAUGCUGUAGCCUUUGGAAAUGUAGCUGCAUUGCCGGACCUGAUAGACAUGAAUACUGUUGCUGUUCAAAGCAACCUUGCAAAUUUAGAGCACGCUUUUUAUGUAGCCGAAAAAAUUGGUGUUAUAAGACUUCUGGACCCUGAAGAUGUUGAUGUCUCCUCCCCUGAUGAAAAAUCAGUAAUAACUUAUGUGUCAUCUCUCUAUGAUGCAUUUCCUAAAGUCCCUGAAGGUGGGGAAGGCAUCGGAGCAAAUGCACUUUAUAAUCAGUAUUUACAGUUUAAAGAAACAGAAAUUCCACCAAAGGAGACAGAAAAAUCAAAAAUUAAACGCCUAUAUAAAUUGUUAGAGAUUUGGAUAGAAUUUGGACGCAUCAAACUCCUUCAAGGUUAUCAUCCAAAUGACAUAGAAAAAGAGUGGGGGAAACUCAUUAUUGCCAUGCUUGAGAGGGAGAAGGCGCUGCGUCCAGAGCUAGAAAGGUUGGAAAUGUUGCAGCAGAUCGCUAACCGAGUUCAGAGGGACAGUGUCAUCUGUGAAGACAAACUGAUCCUUGCCCGAAAUGCUCUCCAGUCGAGAAAAUGGAGGGUUGCAAAACUGCGUGAUGAAAUUAUGGCCUUAAGGAACGAAUGUUCCUCAGUGUACAGCAAAGGGCGCAUGCUGACAACAGAACAGACGAAGCUCAUGAUAUCAGGAAUCACUCAAAGUUUAAACUCAGGAUUUGCACAGACCUUAAACCCCAGUCUGAACUCAGGGCUGACCCAGAGUUUAACGCCUUCCCUGACCCCUUCUAGUGUGACAUCAGGCCUGUCGUCAGGUCUGACCUCCCGCCUGACUCCCUCCCUCACUCCAGCCUAUACACCUGCUUUCCCAGGAUUAGUUCCAAAUUUCAAUUCAGGAGUAGAGGCAAAUUCAUUGCAAACCCUGAAGUUGAUGCAGAUCAGAAAGCCCCUUCUAAAGUCAUCUUUGUUGGAUCAGAAUUUAACCGAAGAGGAAAUCAACAUGAAAUUUGUUCAGGAUCUUUUGAGUUGGGUUGAUGAGAUGCAGGUGCAGUUGGACCGUACUGAAUGGGGAUCAGAUUUGUCAAGUGUCGAAAGCCAUUUAGAAAAUCACAAAAAUGUUCACCGAGCUAUUGAAGAAUUUGAAUCUAGCCUUAAAGAAGCUAAGAUCAGUGAGAUCCAAAUGACGGCACCUCUUAAACUAACUUACGCAGAGAAGUUGCACAGACUAGAGAGUCAGUAUGCAAAACUCUUGAAUACAUCCAGAAAUCAGGAACGGCACCUUGAUACACUCCAUAACUUUGUAUCUCGUGCAACUAAUGAACUUAUUUGGUUGAAUGAAAAAGAAGAAGAGGAAGUUGCUUAUGACUGGAGUGAAAGAAAUACCAACAUCGCUCGGAAAAAAGAUUACCAUGCUGAAUUAAUGAGAGAACUCGAACAAAAGGAAGAAAAUAUUAAGUCAGUUCAGGAGAUAGCAGAGCAGCUACUUCUGGAAAAUCACCCAGCCCGGUUAACUAUUGAGGAAGAGAAAGAAGAACUUUUGCAGUACAAAAGCACCGUGGCCAGUCUAAUGGGGAGAGCAAAAACAGUAAUUCAGCUGAAGCCAAGGAACCCUGAGUGUCCACUCAAAACUUCUAUUCCGAUCAAAGCCAUCUGUGACUACAGACAAAUCGAGAUAACCAUUUAUAAAGAUGAUGAAUGUGUUUUGGCGAACAACUCUCAUCGUGCUAAAUGGAAGGUCAUUAGCCCUACUGGGAACGAAGCGAUGGUCCCGUCUGUGUGCUUUACAGUUCCUCCACCAAACAAAGAAGCGGUCGACUUUGCAAACAGAAUUGAGCAACAGUAUCAGAAUGUCCUUACUCUUUGGCAUGAAACUCACAUAAACAUGAAGAGUGUGGUAUCCUGGCAUUAUCUCGUCAAUGAAAUCGAUAGAAUUCGAGCUAGCAAUGUGGCUUCAAUAAAGACUAUGUUACCAGGUGAACAUCAGCAAGUUCUGAGUAAUCUGCAGUCUCGUUUUGAAGAUUUUCUGGAAGAUAGCCAGGAAUCCCAAAUAUUUUCAGGCUCAGAUAUAACACAACUGGAAAAGGAGGUUAAUGUAUGUAAGCAGUACUAUCAAGAACUUCUUAAAUCUGCAGAAAGAGAGGAGCAAGAGGAAUCAGUUUAUAAUCUCUACAUCUCUGAAGUAAGAAACAUUAGACUUCGGUUAGAGAACUGUGAAGAUCGGUUGAUUAGACAGAUCCGAACUCCACUAGAAAGAGACGAUUUGCAUGAAAGUGUGUUCAGAAUCACAGAGCAGGAGAAACUAAAGAAAGAGCUGGAGCGUCUUAAAGAUGAUUUGGCAACGAUCACAAAUAAAUGCGAAGAAUUUUUCAGUCAAGCAGCAGCCUCUCAGUUACGGGACUUAGAAGGCAUUGGCAAAUCGCUGAAGUACUACAGAGAUACCUAUCACCCUUUAGAUGAUUGGAUCCAACAAGUUGAAAUGACUCAGAGAAAGAUUCAGGAAAAUCAGCCUGAAAAUAGUAAAACCCUAGCCACACAGUUGAAUCAACAGAAGUUUUUCAAUGAUGCCAAAGAAGCUACUGAUUACUUAAGGAACCUGAAAGAUGCCAUUCAGCGGAAGUACAGCUGUGACAGAUCAAGCAGCAUCCACAAGCUGGAAGACCUUGUUCAGGAAUCAAUGUUCAUGGACCUACGGACGCGGUAUACUGCUCUGCUCACUCUCAUGACACAAUAUAUUAAAUUUGCUGGUGAUUCAUUGAAGAGACUGGAAGAGGAAGAGAAGUCACUGGAAGAAGAAAAGAAAGAGCAUGUUGAAAAAGCCAAAGAAUUACAGAAAUGGGUAUCAAAUAUCAGCAAGACCUUGAGAGAUGGAGAGAAGGCUGGAAAAUCUCCCCUCUCUAAGCAAAAGAUUUCCAGUGAAGAAAUAUUAACCAAGAAGGAACAAUUGUCUGAGGCACUUCAAACCAUGCAGCUCUUUUUAGCUAAACAUGGAGACAAAAUGACAGAUGAAGAAAGAAAUGAAUUGGAAAGACAAGUGAAAGCUCUUCAGGAAAGUUCUAAUUUAUUCUUUAGUGAAUCUUUGAAACAACUACAAGAAUCGCAAACCAUAGAAGAUGCAAAGGUAGAGGAGAAGCUGGAUAAAGUGAUUGCAGGCACCAUUGACCAGACAACUGGAGAAGUCCUUUCAGUCUUUCAGGCAGUUUUAAGAGGCUUCGUUGACUAUGACACAGGAAUCAGGUUGCUUGAGACACAGCUAAUGAUUUCUGGUCUGAUUUCACCAGAAUUAAGAAAAUGCUUUGACCUCAAAAGUGCUGAAAGUCAUGGCCUCAUUGAUGGGCAAGUCCUGUGCCAACUCGAAGAGCUAAAUCAAGCAAAGGAGAUUAUUUCUGCUGUAUCAUCUACCACCAUCCCAGUGCUGGAUGCUCUGGCUCAAGGCACGAUAUCAGAAUCCAUGGCCAUCAGAGUCCUUGAGAUACUGCUUUCUACAGGCUUUCUAGUUAUUCCAGCCACAGGAGAACAGUUGACCCUCCAGAAGGCUUUCCAAGAGAACUUGGUUCCCUCAGCAUUGUUUUCUAAAGUCCUGGAAAGGCAAAACACGUGCAAAGAUCUUAUCGAUCCAUGUACCUCUGAGAAGGUGUCUUUAACAGAUAUUAUACAAAGAAGUAUUUUACAGGAAAACACUGGGAUGCGGCUUCUACCUGUGAGACCCCAAGAAGCAGGCAGAAUAACAUUAAAAUGUGGAAGAAACAUUAGCAUUUUAAGGGCAGCUCAUGAAGGUCUCAUAGACCGGGAAACCAUGUUUCGGUUAUUAGGCACUCAGCUUCUUUCUGGAGGUCUGAUCAGUUGCAACUCUGGUCAAAGAAUGACUGUUGAAGAAGCUAUGGCAGAAGGGGUGAUUGAUAGAGACACUGCUAACGGUAUUCUAACCUACCAGGUUCAAACAGGUGGAAUCAUCCACUCAAACCCUGCUAAACGUUUAACUGUAGAUGAAGCAGUCCAGUGCGAUUUGAUAACUUCGAGCAGUGCUCUUUUGGUACUGGAGGCUCAGCGAGGCUACGUGGGACUCAUUUGGCCUCACUCGGGUGAAAUAUUUCCCACAUCUUCUUCCUUGCAGCAAAAACUGAUUACAAAUGAAUUGGCAUACAAAAUCCUGAAUGGUAGGCAGAAAAUAGCUGCUCUGUAUAUUCCAGAAACUUCUCAAGUCAUUGGUUUGGAUGUUGCUCAGCAGCUAGGAAUUAUAGAUAAUAAUACAGCAUCGAUUUUAAAAAGUAUAAUACUUCCUGAUAAAAUGCCAGAUUUGGGAGAUUUAGAAGCUUGCAAAAAUGCCAGAAGAUGGCUCUCUUUUUGUAAAUUCCAACCAUCUACAGUCCAUGAUUACAGGCAAGAAGAGGAUGAUUUUGAUGGAGAAGAGCCAGUGGCAACUCAGAGCUCAGAACAAACUAAAAAAUUGUUCCUGUCUUAUUUGAUGAUAAAUAGCUACAUGGAUGCAAACACAGGGCAAAGACUUUUGCUGUAUGAUGGAGACUUGAACGAGGCUGUUGGUAUGCUACUGGAAGGCUGUAGUGCAGAAUUUGAUGAGGACACACCCAUAAAAGACUGUAUUGGUGUCUUAAGAAUCCCUGGUGAAUUGCUGAAUGAUACCCCAAGUAAAGAAAAGGAUGAAAGUAUAACUUCACCAACUGUUUUUGAUACAUGUCAUUGCAGAGGACCUAAACAUAAAGAAAUCCCUGGAAACAGAAAGCAUGCCUUAGACGAAGAGUUGAAUGAAAUGGGAAGUAAUGAUUUUAGGCGUGAAUUUUAUCAGUCAGGAAAGCUGGCAAAUAUAAUAGCAACAGAGCAUAAAGUUAAGAUUUCAUCCGGUGUGAAUGUUCCCAAUUCUAUAUCAUGUUUAACACAGCCUGGACUUGGAGAAGUUGGCAUGCUUAGCCAAGACUCUGAAAACUUACCUAAAAACUGUGAAAAUCAAAGUCAAGUUGAAACAAAUGAACAUGCAGAUGCAUGUAGUCAUUCUAAAAAUACUCAAAACUUUCCAAGUGAUUUGAUAACAGAUUCUAUUGUGAAAUCAAAAACUAGUAGAAUCUGUGAUUUUAAUGAAACAGAGAUUGAAGAUAAUAUAAAUAGAGAUUCAACCAUCUUUGACUAUUCUCCCAGGCUGAGUGCCUUGUUAAGUCAUGAUAAAUUGAAGAAUGACCAGGGAAGUUUUGAUGAUGUACCCACUAUGAAGGGCAAUGAAAAUACAUGUGAAGCCUCUGCUUUGCCAUUCAAUGACCAAACCGUGCCAUUGGGUAAAAAAAUGGGAGAAAAAUUGCAAAACCAAUUUCUGGGAAUAGCAGCUAUUAACAUCAGUUUGCAGGUAGAGCACUCUGGACAGAAAUCUUUAAAUAUUGGUUAUAAUGAUCCUCAGGGACAAUAUCACAGCAACAAAUAUAUUUCAGAUACUUAUGGCGAAGAUGAAAAAAUGAAUGCUGCUUCUCAGCAGGCACCUGAAGACAAGCAAAAUGAGUCUGAAGAGCGCUCACAUGCCACAGCUGCAAAGGGUGAUAUCGAUAAUGCCAACGCAUCUCAUGUUUGUGGCGCACCAUUGCUUGAAGAAACUGUUAGUGCUGGUGACUAUGAAACGUCACUACUGGAUGAUCAGCAGAGAGACACAGAAACAGACACUGAUAGCGAGGAUGAUUUUUAUGAUACCCCCUUGUUUGAAGAUGAUGACCAUGAUUCUCUGCUUCUUGAAGGUGAUGAUUGUGAUUGUCUGCAACCUGAGGACUAUGAUGCACUGCAAGAGGAAAAUGAUGGGGCUGCUUCUCCUGGUGAUGUUUUCUAUGAUGCUUCAAAAGGGAAUGAAAAUUCUACCGUGACUCAGGGGGUAUUACUUGAUAACUUAAGUAUCAGCGGAAAAGCACGGACUCCUCAGGAUGUUCUCAUAGCUAUGGAGAAAGCGGAAUUAGGUCCUGGUGAAAGAAUACAUUUAAAUUCAGUUGGCUCAUACAAGUACAAUGAACAGUUGCUGGAAACUGUGUCAGAAAGGGAAAGUGCAAGUAACCUUGAGGAUGAUGAGUCUGACUCAUUGACUGAUGAUGAAAUUGUAGGAAGAAAAGAGAGCUUCGGUGCAUCCUUAAUAUUUGAUGACACUGGCUGUUGGAGAGGAAGAGAAGAGUAUGUAACUGGACAAGAAUUUAGCUCUGAUACUGAUAUAAAUGAUUCUCUACAAAAUGAAGAAAGUUAUGGGGAUUUUAUAUAUGACAGUAAUGAUCAGGGUGAUGAUGAUGGAUAUGAUGAUGAGGAGGAGGAAGGAGUAGGACAUGAGAAUGAAAAGCCCGUGUGCCAAGAUGAGGCUGAUAGUAUGGAUGUCCUGCUGGGUGCUACCACAAUGAAUGAACCGGAAGCUGGCUAUGAAAAUCAAAGUAUUAAUAAAACAGUUCUGCUGGAUAAAAAGCACACUUCUAGUCCUUUAGAAAAACAGCAAAAUGUAAAUACUUUACAGCUAGAAUCAAGUAGUAAAAGUAGUUCAGUUACUGAAAGAAACAGUUUUCCAGAAUAUACAACUGAGGUUGUUAGAAAAAGCAAAGAAAAUCUGUUAAAUCAUGAGAUGGCCCUUAAAGAUAUGUUGCUGCCUAUCAGUAAAGACACUGAAUCAGAACACAACUUUAGCCCUGUAGGUAUUUUACAUAAUACUGAUACCACUUCAACUUCUGAAUUAGAUAGUGAGCUAAUGAACACAGAAGUUAAAUUUAUUCAAGGGCCAGAAUCUGCUGACUUUGGGAAAGGUGAUAAAUAUUUUGAGAAUGUGAUGCAUCAAGUUGACUUAUCUCUUGAUGAAAUCGUUUGUUCUGAGCCUGAUUUAAUAGGAAGACCUGCUGAGGAAAGCCAUUUGUCAUCCGUGGUCCCUGUAACUGAUAAAGAUCAUCAAGGAAAUGGAAGAGAUCUAAUUAAAAAGAGAGAUGACAAAAGCAAUAUACUAAUAGAAGAUGAAACAUCAAUUCAUAAAAUGCGGUCAGGUGAAGGAGAAGGGCUUAUAGAAGGUCUAAUAGAAGAUAACAAAUAUCUCAAACUUUUGCCUGGUAAAAGUACAAGGGAGAGUCUUGAUUUAGUCAAUAGUCAGUUUCCACAAAUCACAAACAAUGAAGAACAUACUCAGAAUGGAAGCCUUAAAAAAGCAACCGUAACUUUUAAAGAUGAACCAAAGAAUCUACAAACAGUGGUUAUUAAAAGUCCUGUUCAAUUUGAGAAUCUUGAAGAAAUAUUUGACUCAUCAGUUUCCAAAGUGAUCCAUGACAUUACUUCAGAUGUUACAUUGUCUGAAGGGAAUACAAGUACUGAGAAAGAGCCCUUCACCGAUGGACCUGAGAAAAAGCUUGAUCUGUUUACUUGUUUAAAAGAUUGUGCAAAAAAUGUAACAGCAAAAGAUGUCCUGAAACCAAGUGAAGAUAUUCCAAGGUCUAUCCUAGUAGCUUCCCCUCCCAUGAAAGAACACUUAGAAUUAGGAGUUGAUAAUGCAAAAGAAAAGGCAACCCUAACCCAAGAAGGCUCACCUGUAAAUGAGAUGGUUCAACAGCAUGAUCUUUAUACUAAAGGUGUCUCAGAAGGAGGAUUGGAAUUUCCUCAGUUCACACCAGAAAGAAACGAAAGCACACUUUCAAUCUUACCUCUUAGAAAUGUGGAAGGCCUUGGGGAAAAUACUGAUAUUGGGCAGCUGGGACUCUGUGCAAAUGGAAUAAGAAGUGAUAACUCCAGUCACACUUCAAGCACUGGCUACUCCUUCUUAGAAAUGAACAAAAACAAAGAAAUAAUUGAGCAACAACCACGAAAAGAACAAGCCUUGUCUCCAGGAUUCCAAGAAAAGGAGGUUCAGAUUCCUGAAUUAUCUCAGGUACUUGUUGAGGAUGUAAAGGGCAUCUUAAACAGUAGAUUGAAGGAAGGUCAUACAAAUCCUCAAGAGGUUGGAGAACCUUCAGCCUGUGCAGACACUAAAAUUUUAAUUCAAAGUUUAAUUAAAAGGGUUAGCACAUCACAGUUGGUGAAUGAGGCAUCCAAUGUGCCCAGCGACUCAAAGAUCAGUGACACUAUGGGAGUCUCCCACCUGAAGAACUCACCAGAACUAAGAGCAGAGUUUAGAGACGAUCCAUUGUGCAUUGCAAAUCUUAAGCCUGAGCUUCUCCUUGAUAUACUUAAGCAGAAUCAGUAUAGCCCAAAAGUUAUAGGAGCAUUUGAAUUGAUGAAAGAAUUAACUCAGAUGGAGUAUGAUCUAGAGGAAAGAGGUAUUAAAUCGAAAGUACUUCCACUGCAACUUGAAAAUAUUUUCUACAAGCUGCUUGCUGAUGGAUAUUCAGAGAAAGCAGAACUGGCGGGAGACUUAAAUCAAAGAGCAUCUCCUACUUCUGAGAUGGUAGAUGAAAAGCCACACAUUCUUGAUGAUCUUAAAAGCAAAGAAGGAAACCAUGGUCCCCUUAAUUUACAAAAUAUCAAAGAAAUUGGACAAGAAACCUCUACUGUCUGUGCAUCAGCCUUGCCAAAAGGUGAGAAGCUGGAGGAGCAAUGCAAUGAUUUCCCAAACUAUUUGGGAUGCAUUUCAAGGUCAAAAGAAAUGACUUCUGGCGAUAACUCAAUGGAACAAUUUUCCAGUGAGUUACAGCAGUGUCUACAGCACACGUCAAAAAUGCAGGAAUAUUUGGCUUUGCUUCAAGAUAUGAAACCCCCUAUAGACAACCCAGAGCCUCUGGAUAACAAUCUGGAAGCUUUGAAGUAUCAGCUUAAACAGUUAGAGACAUUUGAAUUGGGAUUGGCUCCAAUUGCUGUUAUUUUAAGAAAAGACAUGAAGUUGGCAGAAGAGUUUUUAAAGUCCCUUCCCAGUGACUUCCCCAAAGGACAUCUUGAGGACUUGAGUAGAAGCCACCAAAGUUUACAGAAUGCCUUCUCUUCACUCGGCAACGUGUCUUCAGAAAGAAUGAAACACAUCAUGCUCGCAAUUGACUGUGAAAUGUCAAAACUAGCAGUUUCCCAUGAAGAAUUUCUGUAUAAACUUAAGUCGUUCUCGCAUUGGAUAUCAGAGAAGAGCAAAUCUGUGAAGGAUAUGGAGACUGCGAAUGUUCAAGAUACCGAAUAUAUAAAGAAAAGUUUGGAGUUUCUCAAGAAUGUGUUAAAAGACCUCGGACAUACCAAAAUGCAGCUGGAGACCACGGCCUUCGAUGUGCAGUUCUUCAUUUCUGAAUAUGCACAAGAUCUGUCUCCCAACCAGAGCAAACAACUGCUGAGGCUCUUAAAUACAACUCAGAAGUGUUUUCUUGAUGUACAGGAAUCAGUAACCACCCAGGUGGAACAUUUAGAGACUCAGUUACAGCUAGAACAAGACCUUGGUGAUCAGAAGAUGGUGGCAGAGCGUCAGCAGGAAUACAAACAGAAACUUCAAGGGAUAUGUGAUCUCCUUACACAAACUGAAAAUCGCCUGAUUGGUCACCAGGAAGCCUUCGUGAUUGGAGAUGGCACAGUUGAAUUAAAGAAGUACCAGUCCAAGCAAGAGGAAUUACAGAAAGAUAUGCAAGGAAGUGCACAGGCUUUGACAGAAAUAAUGAAAACCACAGAGAACUUCUUAAAAGAGAAUGGCGAAAAGCUGUCACAAGAAGAUAAGGCUUUGAUUGAACAGAAACUUAACGAAGCUAAGAUAAAGUGUGAACAGCUUAAUUUAAAGGCAGAACAGUCAAAAAAGGAGCUGGAUAAAGUCAUGACAACAGCCAUCAAGGAAGAAACUGAAAAGGUUGCAGCUGAGAAGCAGCUGGAAGAGAGCAAAAACAAAAUAGAGAACCUUUUGGACUGGUUGUCAAAUGUUGACAAAGACUCAGAAAGGGUGGGACUGAAACAGACACAGGUGAUUGAACAGAAUGGGACUCAUUUUCAAGAAGGUGAUGGCAAGUCGGCGAUUGGAGAAGAGGAUGAAGUUAAUGGUAACCUGUUGGAAAUGGAUGUUGAUGGGCCAGUUGGAACCACUGAGGAGAACCUGAACCAGCAAUACCAGAAAGUGAAGGCCCAGCACGAGAGGAUCACCUCUCAGCACCAAGCUGUCCUCAUGGCUACUCAGUCCGCACAAGCCUUGCUCGAGAAACAGGGUCACUAUCUCUCUCCUGAGGAAAAAGAGAAACUGCAAAAGAACAUGAAAGAGCUGAAAGCGCAUUACGAGACUGCGCUGGCUGAGUCGGAAAAGAAAAUGAAAUUAACGCAUUCUCUGCAGGAAGAGUUAGAAAAGUUUGAUGCCGAUUACAGCGAGUUUGAACACUGGCUGCAGCAGUCAGAACAAGAGCUUGAAAACCUGGAGGCUGGUGCCGAUGACUUAAAUGGCUUAAUGACCAAGCUGAAGCGGCAGAAGAGUUUCUCAGAAGAUGUGAUUUCUCACAAAGGUGAUUUGAGGUACAUCACAAUUUCUGGAAACAGAGUGUUAGAAGCAGCCAAAUCUUGCAGUAAAAGAGAUGGCAGUGGGAAGGCUGACCAGGAUAACAUUGACACUUCUUCAACUCACCGAGAGGUCCAGAACAAAUUGGAUCAUGCUACUGAUCGGUUCAGGUCUCUCUACUCUAAGUUUGCUAUAUCCCUGGCACCUACAACAGUACCUGGCCCAUCAUCAGUAUGCAAUGACAUUGUUGGAAGAUAUGAUGAUCUUUCCAAGUCUGUUAACGAACGAAAUGAAAAACUCCAGAUAACCCUGACCCGCUCGCUGAGCGUGCAGGAUGGCCUGGAUGAAAUGCUCGACUGGAUGGGAAGUGUGGAAAGUUCUCUCAAAGAACAAGGUCAAGUGCCCUUGAACUCCGCUGCUCUUCAGGAUAUCAUCAGUAAAAACAUUAUGUUGGAACAGGAUAUCGCAAGUCGUCAGAGCAGUAUAAAUGCCAUGAAUGAAAAAGUGAAGAAAUUUAUGGAAACAACUGACCCAUCCACUGCAUCCUCCCUGCAAGCCAAAAUGAAGGACUUGUCCGUUCGUUUUUCAGAAGCAGGUCAUAAACACAAAGAAAAACUUACCAAAAUGGAGGAGCUAAAAACCAAAGUAGAACUGUUUGAGAACCUCUCAGAAAAGCUUCAGACAUUUUUAGAGACAAAAACUCAGGCUCUCACUGAGGCAGAUGUGCCAGGCAAAGAUGUUACUGAAUUAUCUCAGUAUAUGCAGGAAUCUACUUCUGAAUUCUUAGAACAUAAGAAAGACCUUGAAGUUCUACAGAGUCUCUUGAAGGAGAUAUCCAGCCAUGGCUUGCCAGGUGAUAAGGCUCUGGUUUUUGAAAAAACAAAUAAUUUGUCAAAGAAAUUCAAAGAAAUGGAGGAUACCAUCACAGAAAAAAAAGAAGCUGUCUCCUCUUGUCAGGAACAGAUGGAUGCUUUCCAAGUCCUUGUUAAAUCAUUAAAGUCAUGGAUAAAAGAAACAACGGAAAGAGUUCCCAUUGUGCAGCCUUCUUUUGGUGCAGAAGAUUUAGGAAAAUCUUUGGAAGAAACUAAGAAAUUACAAGAACAGUGGAGCUUAAAAACACCAGAGAUUCAGAAAGUAAACAACAGUGGGAUCUCACUAUGUAACCUCAUAAGUGCGGUGACUACCCCUGCAAAGGCAAUAGCAGCAGUUAAAUCAGGUGGCGUAAUAUUAAAUGGUGAAGGAACAAUGACAGAUACUCAGGAAAUUUUAGCAAGUAAAGGAUUAACAUCUAUUAAAAAGGAUAUGACUGACAUAAGCCAUGGGUAUGAAGAUCUUGGCCUCUUACUUAAGGACAAAAUAGCUGAACUGAAUACUAAACUCACCAAAUUGCAAAAGGCUCAGGAAGAAUCGAGUGCAAUGAUGCAGUGGUUACAGACGAUGAACAAAACUGCAACAAAAUGGCAUCAGGCACCUACACCUACAGAUACUGAAGCUGUGAAGACUCAGGUGGAGCAGAAUAAGUCGUUUGAGGCAGAACUGAAGCAAAAUGUCAACAAAGUGCAGGAGUUGAAAGACAAAUUGACAGAGCUGUUGGAGCAGAACCCGGAUACUCCUGAGGCCCCGAAAUGGAAGCAGAUGUUGAUGGAAAUAGAUUCUAAGUGGCAAGAACUCAAUCAACUAACAGUGGAUAGACAACAAAAACUGGAAGAAUCCUCUAAUAAUCUAACUCAAUUCCAGACUGUAGAGGCUCAGUUAAAACAGUGGCUUGUGGAAAAGGAACUGAUGGUCAGUGUACUUGGGCCUCUGUCCAUUGACCCAAAUAUGCUAAACACACAAAGGCAGCAGGUACAGAUUCUGCUGCAAGAAUUUGACACUCGGAAACCUCAAUAUGAGCAGCUCACAGCAGCUGGUCAAGGUAUUCUGAGCCGACCUGGUGAACAUCCUUCUUUCCAUGGGCUUGUGAAAGAGCAACUGGCAGCUGUGACCCAAAAAUGGGACAGCCUAACAGGACAAUUGAGUGACAGAUGUGACUGGAUCGACCAAGCCAUUGUUAAAAGCACACAGUAUCAAAGCUUGCUGAGAAGCCUUUCUGAUAAACUGAGCGAUUUGGACAAUAAACUCAGCAGCAGUGUGGCUGUGAGCACACAGCCUGACGCUAUGAACCAGCAGUUGGAAACAGCCCAAAAAAUGAAGCAGGAAAUAGAGCAGGAAAUGGAGCAGAUAAAAGUGGCCCAGACCCUCUGUGAGGAUUUGUCAGCACUAGUUAAAGAAGAGUACUUGAAAGCAGAACUCAGUAGGCAACUAGAAGGCAUCUUAAAAUCAUUUAAGGAUAUCCAACAAAAAGCAGAGAAUCAUGUCCAGCACCUCCAGUCAGCCUGUGCCAGCUCUCAUCAAUUCCAGCAAAUGUCGCGAGAUUUUCAGGCGUGGCUGGAUACAAAGAAAGAAGAGCUAAACAAGUCUCACCCAAUAUCAGCCAAACUCGAUGUCUUGGAGUCAUUAAUUAAAUAUCAAACAGACUUUAGUAAAACUUUGACUGCUCAAGCUAGUGUUUAUGAAAAAACCAUUGCAGAAGGUGAAAAUCUGUUGUUAAAAACACAAGGAUCUGAGAAGGCAGCCUUACAGUCACAACUUAACACAAUUAAAACCAACUGGGAUGGAUUUAAUAAGCAGGUGAAAGAAAGAGAAGACAAAGUAAAAGAUUCAUUGGAAAAAGCACUCAAAUAUAAGGAGCACGUAGAGACUCUCCGGCCCUGGAUAGACAAAUGUCAAAAUAACGUGGAGGAAAUAAAAUUUUGCUUGGACCCUGCUGAAACCGAGAAGUCUAUUGCCAAGUUCAAGUCUCUGCAGAAGGAGAUAGACCAGCGCUUUGGGAUGGUAGAAUUGCUAAACAAUGCAGCCAAUAGCUUGCUCAGUGUCUGUGAGAUCGAUAAAGAGGUGGUUACAGAUGAGGCUAAGUCACUGAACCAGAAGGUAGACAUGGUCACUGAGCAACUUCACAGUAAGAAAUUGUCUCUGGAGAGCAUGGCCCAGAAAUUGAAAGAAUUUCAAGAAGUGUCCAAAGAAACUAAGAGGCAGCUUCAGUGUGCAAAGGAACAGCUAGACGUCCAUGAUUCUCUGGGACCCCAGGCUUACAGCAACAAGUACCUGACCAUGUUGCAGACUCAGCAGAAAUCACUGCAGACCCUGAAGCAGCAGGUAGAUUUGGCCAAAGGACUUGCGCAGGACCUCGUGGCAGACGCCUCAGACUCAAAGGGGACCUCUGAUGUUUUAUUACAAGCAGAAGCCUUAGCUCAAGAGCAUAGUGCAUUAAGUCAGCAGGUUGAUGAAAAGUGUUCAUUCUUAGAAACCAAGCUUCAGGGCAUUGGGCAUUUUCAGAAUACCAUCCGAGAAAUGUUUUCUCAGUUUGCAGAGUUUGAUGACGAACUGGAUAGCAUGGCUCCAGUGGGGAGAGAUGUAGAAACAUUGCAACAUCAAAAGGAGGCUAUUACAGCCUUUCUGAAGAAACUGGAAGCCUUCAUCGCUAGCAACGACAAUGCCAAUAAAACCUGUAAGAUGAUGCUGGCCACAGAAGAAACCUCCCCUGAUCUUGUUGGAAUCAAAAGGGACUUGGAGGCUUUAAGCAAACAGUGCAACAAGUUGCUGGACCGAGCACAAGCCAGAGAAGAGCAGGUUGAAGGGACGAUUGAGCGCCUUGGAGAAUUCUAUAGCAAAUUGAAGGAAUUUUCUACUCUGCUUCAGAAGGCAGAAGAGCACGAAGAGGCUCAAGGCCCCGUCGCUAUGGAAACAGAGACAAUCAACCAACAGCUUAAUGUGUUCAAGGUGUUUCAGAAAGAGGAGAUUGAACCCUUGCAGGUGAAGCAGCAGGACGUGAACUGGUUAGGUCAAGGCCUGAUUCAGAGUGCUGCCAAAAGUACCAACACCGAGGGUUUGGAGCAUGACCUGGACGAUGUCAAUGCAAGGUGGAAGACCCUCAAUAAGAAGGUGGCCCAGCGAGCAGCCCAGCUCCAGGAGGCCCUGCUGCAUUGUGGGAGGUUCCAGGAUGCUCUGGAGUCCCUGCUCAGCUGGAUGCAGGACACCGAGGAGCUUGUGGCCAAUCAGAAACCACCAUCAGCUGAGUUCAAAGUGGUGAAGGCCCAGAUACAAGAGCAAAAGCUUCUCCAAAGAUUGUUGGAUGACCGCAAAUCUACUGUGGAGGUAAUCAAACGGGAAGGAGAAAAAAUUGCUGCCACAGCAGAACCUGCAGAUAAAGUAAAGAUUUUGAAACAGCUGAGUCUCUUGGAUAGUAGAUGGGAGGCCUUGCUUAAUAAAGCUGAAAUGAGGAACCGUCAGUUGGAAGGUAUCUCGGUGGUAGCACAGCAAUUUCAUGAAACCUUAGAACCACUGAAUGAGUGGCUUACAACCAUAGAAAAGAGGCUGGCGAAUUGUGAGCCCAUAGGAACCCAAGCGUCUAAACUUGAGGAACAAAUUGCACAGCACAAAGCCUUAGAAGAUGACAUCAUCAAUCACAAUAAACUCUUACACCAGGCUGUUAGCAUUGGCCAAUCCUUAAAGGUUUUGAGCUCCAGGGAGGAUAAAGAUAUGGUGCAGAGUAAAUUAGACUCCUCUCAAGUGUGGUACAUUGAGAUUCAAGAGAAAAGUCACAGCAGGUCUGAGCUCCUCCAGCAGGCCUUAUGUAAUGCUAAGAUUUUUGGGGAAGAUGAAGUCGAGCUGAUGAAUUGGCUGAAUGAAGUACAUGGCAAACUGAGCACGCUCUCAGUCCACGAUUACAGCACUGAGGGGCUGUGGGAGCAACAGUCUGAACUUCGGGUUCUGCAAGAAGACAUACUCCUCAGAAAACAAAGUGUAGAUCAGGCAUUGCUAAAUGGUUUAGAACUACUUAAACAAACAACAGGUGAUGAAGUUUUAAUAAUUCAAGAUAAAUUGGAAGCCAUUAAAGCAAGGUACAAAGACAUUACUAAAUUGAGCACGGAUGUAGCCAAGACCCUGGAACAGGCAUUGCAGCUCGCACAGCGGCUGCACUCCACACACGAGGAACUCUGCACCUGGCUGGACACAGUGGAGGUGGAACUGCUUUCAUACGAAACUCAGGUUCUGAAGGGAGAAGCCGCGAGCCAGGCCCACGUGAGACAAAAAGAGCUGAAAAAGGAAGCUAAAAACAACAAAGCCUUAUUGGAUUGCCUUAACGAAGUGAGCAGUGCUUUACUGGAACUGGUACCAUGGAGGGCGAGGGAAGGACUUGAAAAAAUGGUGGCCGAGGACAAUGAGCGCUACCGAUUAGUGAAUGACACCAUCACUCAGAAGGUGGAGGAGAUUGAUGCUGCCAUUCUGAGGUCACAGCAGUUUGACCAAGCAGCUGAUGCUGAGUUAUCCUGGAUCACUGAAACUGAAAAGAAAUUGAUGUCUCUGGGCGACAUCAGGCUUGAGCAAGACCAGACCUCUGCUCAGCUGCAGGUUCAAAAGACAUUCACCAUGGAGAUUUUGAGACACAAGGAUAUUAUUGAUGAACUUGUGAAAUCUGGACAUAAAAUCAUGACCACAUUCAGUGAAGAGGAAAAGCAAUCAAUGAAGAAAAAACUGGACAAGGUAUUGAAGAACUAUGACACCAUCUGCCAGAUCAACUCAGAGAGGUAUCUACAGCUAGAACGGGCACAGUCCCUCGUUAACCAGUUCUGGGAAACAUACGAAGAACUUUGGCCAUGGCUGACAGAAACACAAAGAAUCAUCUCUCAGCUUCCUGCCCCAGCCCUUGAGUAUGAAACUCUAAGACAACAGCAGGAGGCACAUCGGCAACUACGAGAGUUGAUAGCCGAACACAAGCCUCAUAUAGAUAAGAUGAACAAAACUGGGCCGCAGUUACUGGAAUUGAGCCCAGAGGAAGGCUUUUCUAUCCAGGAGAAGUAUGUGGCAGCUGACACUCUUUACAGUCAAAUUAAAGAAGAUGUCAAAAAGCGAGCUGUGGCACUGGAUGAAGCCAUUUCUCAAUCUACUCAGGUAAUCGCAAUAUUCGACUGGGUAGAUAUUGCAGGUGGUAAAUUAGCUUCAAUGUCUCCCAUCGGAACAGAUCUUGAAACUGUAAAGCAACAGAUUGAAGAGCUAAAG